GAGCCAGGAAGCAACACGAGUGAAGUCUUCAGCAUGGACGUUGCGCCCAUCUUGCCCCUCACUUGCAUUUUUCGAUGUGUAGACCGUAAAUCCUUGUAGCUGAAAACUGCGCUCAACAAGAUGUCGGCGCUGUAAGAAAUCCCGCUAGCGGCCAGCGCGGAAGCAGCGUGCGCCGCGCUGUGGUGGACCAGGUGGAAUGCAACGCGGAGCGCCAGCGCCUGGCUUGAGAGUAUAUGAAGUGGCCAGCUUUCGAGACUGGGCCACCUGGGACAAGGUAGUGCAAGGCAUGAAUCCCGGAACGCUAGGCGUGAAGUGAAUAGCGCAAAACGAACAGGAGCAGUAGAAGGCAAGGCCCGCCUCUUUCAUGGCUCUUCACAUUGGCGACACGGUUUUGAGCGAGGCCGUUGAGCUUAUCAUGCGCGCGAGCAUGCAAGACCAAAGCCAAACGUAGUCCAGCCUAGCACUAUGGAAAAAAUAUAUGUCAGCGUAGACCUGUUUUGCAACAGAUGAUUAUAGUGCACGCACAUCCACGAUACGUCGAUCGAUUUCAGAGCCGUAGCCAUUUUGGCUCAAGCCAAUUUGGCUCAAGGAGCCUAACUUAGUAGAAACCUGUCGAGAGCGGGGCCCUCUGCACGGGGCCCCUGGAGAGUAUGUGUAGGCAGCCGGGUGCAGCCGGCUGCGCCCUAGAUUCAUUUAUGCUACUAGUGAAAGUCACCGCCGCCGCCACCCAAGAUGGUUCCAUCCGGCACCACCGUGCAGCUCUGUGACCCGAGGGAGAUAGUCACCAACGCCAAACUCCAACCUUCCUCCGGCAGCGUCUAGCGCGAGGCCGUGCAGCAACAAGGGCAAGCACGACGCGACCGGUGGGGGUUUCUCCCUCCACCGCCAGAGGCAGUGUGGCGCGUGCCGACCUUACCAAGGCCUCCGCGCACCGCCGGAGGAUCUUCGACGACGGACCGUGCCCGAAGCAAGCCGACCGCAGAUGGACUAGCUCGUCGUGGUAUUUUUUCAGCGAGCGGUGGAGCGUGUACUCGUGGCAAGGAGUCUCUGCUCGAAGAGCUUCCGCAGGCCGUGAUCGUGCGCACUGACUCUGGGCAACUUGUGGCGCCAAAGAUUUGUCGUCGGGGGUUUGUAUGUGCGUGUGGUUAAAGUGGAGUAUGGAUAAAUUUAAAUUUUCUUUAACUAUUGUUUUGUGUUAUGCAUGGCCUUCUUCUUCGUCUUCAUCUCCAACUACGCAUAUUUUCAUUUUGAAGUGUUUGUCUAGUUUGCGGAUAAUUUCGUUGUCGAUCCCCGUGAAGCUGUCCUGUCAUCGUUCAACAAACUCUCUAAUAUCAGGUAUACGGCGCGACUGUGCUGGGACGGGGCAAGCGAUGGAGCGGCGACGGAUAGUUAGAAGUAGAAGUAAAAUCACCAAAAGCGCACAGCAUAAGUAGUCUUAGUCGUAAACUUGCAGUGUUAGCAAUUAGCUUUUUGUAGCGCCACCCGUUGCGCCGGGCGAGUAGUUAGCUCCGUAAACGCACUGCGAAGAAGGUAAAGGGAUGCUUUUCUCUAUGCCAAAAAAGGCUUAAAAUAGUCCAUCCCUCACGCUGCCGUUGUGCCGGUGGUCGUGGCGUCGGGCGGAGGUUCGCGGGUGUGCCGGUCGUGCACUAGAAACAAAAGUGUGUAUAAUAGUGCCGUGGCCCUCCUUAUAUAGUGCCCGUUCGUGUAGUUAGCAUUCCGCGUAUCGCCCUCCCAUAGUUUAGGUUUUGCAUUUGUAGAGACGCCUGCGCGGAUCAGGUGCAGUAACCAAGCUCGGCAAGUAGCGCUCCGCGGGGAGGUAGUUUCGUGUAGUAUACUAUAUUGUAAGGAAAAAAGGUGCGUAGUUCAGUGACCCUUGUUUUUUUGUUUUCAAAAACUACAGUAGAAAGUAAAAGCAAAAAGCACGAAGUUAAGAAGAAGAAGUUCAAAGCACGGAAAAAAAGAAGCUCACUAUGAACUUGGGCAAAAAAGUAGCUUAUGCAGCAGGAGUUUGUAUGCGCUGCACCCAGCCCCGCCGAGCUACAUACGCGCCCCAGUGGGUUAGAGGAAAAGUCUAGCAGGUCCCUAGGGUAGGAGUUUGAUAACUUAGUUUUGUAUGCUGGGCAGUUGCUGCUGUCCGGAGGCGUCCACACUGCCUGAUAGUAGUCGUGUGCCCGUGGCGCAUAGCAUUGCGUUGUUCCCUGCCCCUGUCUAUCGAGCUUUGAGGUAAGAGGCCACCGCCACCGCGCCCGUAACUAACUACUUAACUAAUAAUGCGUC